GGUCUGUCACAUUUCACGCUGACACCAGGCGAACAGUAGAGCUCACACACAUCCACACACACACGCGCACACACGCAGGAUCGCUGUUAUCGACGUAAUCUAACCAGGAAAGCGCUCCGAAGUUCACGUACGUGUGUGUCCGCACCGCGUGAGAGGAAAGGAGGAAAAGAAAGAGCUGAAAAGAGGAAACUGAGGAAAUCCCCCGAAAGGAAAUGCCAAUCGCAGCCACUGGACAGCCCACGACUCAGGAGCCCCGAGUUUGCCCCCGGCUGCCCUCCACCCCGGAGCCCGGUCCUAAAGGGGCUGAUUUAUUCGACGAGGCAGGGGCGGCCGAGUCGGCCGAGCGGACAGAGUACGGGGGCGCAGAGGGGGGCAGAGGACUCGGGGGUUAUAGUUACAGCCUCAGCGGCGCUAGGGGCUUUACCCAGCCCGGAUCCACCAACACCUCCCCGCCGCAGUCCCCGGCAGCGUCCUCCUCUUUUUACUUCCAUCCACUCCACGCCAGCCAAAUGGCCAUGGAGCCCCCCAGGACUCGAUCACGCUCUCGUUCUGGAUAUUUCCAGCAGUAUGGUGGGAGCAAUAGUAAUGGAUUAACAGCAAAUGGAGUCAUAGGACCUAACAGUCAUCACCACCACCAUCAUCAUCACCAGCAGCAGCAGCAGCAACUUCAUUCUCAGCAUCAGCCUGGUGGCCGCUUUCUCCUCGGAGCUCAGAAUAACCACCACCCGGAGAACCAGCAGCAAGCCCCAGGAAGUAACACUUCUCCUGGUUUUCAAAGGCUGCCCUCAGUCCCUGGAGCUCACCGCAUCCCAGCUGCAGGAGCCUCUGGCGGGUUGUACCACUGCCAUCCGGAACACGCGUACGGAGACGAGAGUGAUAAGAGUGAGGAAAGCCCCAGUCCGAAGCGCCAGAGGCUCUCCAGCCAGUCCGUGCUGGAGCAGAUAACCUCAUCAGCCCCCCCUCCAUCCACCCCCUCUCCCCCUAUCCGGCCAUGGGAGUCAGGACCUCCAAGUCGAAGGCAGCUGCACCCCCACGCACAGUAUCACCAGGAGAGAUGCCUCACUCCGGCCCGGCACAGACGGAGCCCUCCCGCGAGGCGUCAGCGAGGCCGCCUCUCCCGUCCCUCCCGAAACAUUCCACCGCAGCACCAUGUCUCCAGCCACGGGACGGCACCACGACCCUCACCCACAGAACUCCAGGAUGAGAACGUCCAUCAAAACCCUCACCCUGCCACGCACCAGGCCUACCCAAUAUCCACCGCCUACGGCCAGCCCUUAAGUCACGGGGCCACCGGUCCAGAGGAGCCCCGAGCUUUCCACCCGCCGGCCUUGUCCCCGCGACUGCUGCACCCAGCUGCUCAUCACCAUCACCAGCAUCUUCCUCCUCAUCCUCCUCCUCAUCAUCACCAACAACAGCAGCAGCAGCAACAUCAUCAGGCAACGGCACAGCAGCAGGGAGCCAUUGUUAUGGACCUGCACGAUCAGCUCCAGCAGACCACUGUGCCAGUCUCCUACCCUCAUGGCCUCACAGCACCCUUGUGUAGCAGUCAGCACCUCCCCCCAAACUGCUCGUCCCAGCACGUACCCCCCUGCAGUGUGGUGUUCAGCACAGGACAACACUACCACCCGAUGCUCCAAGCAUGUUCCAUGCAGCACUUGCCGGUGCCGUACGCCUUCCCCUCUUUGUUGUCCAGUGAGCCCCAGUUCCUCCUGCCCCCUCCCCCUCACAUCGCUCAUCAUCCACCCCACCUCCCCGCACACGGACAGUUCCUUCCCUUCCAGACGCAACAGCCCAGAUCGCCGUUACAGAGGAUAGAGAACGAGGUGGAGCUUCUCGGGGAGCAGCUCUCGGUUGGCGGAGGCUUUGGCUACAGCCACCACCAUCAACAUCAUCAGCCACCGUCCACGCUGCCGCCUUCAAAUCCACUCCAGUUCCUGUCCCACCACGACCCGCUGUCUCAGGAGCUCUUCACCGUGCCGUACCCACACUUCAUGCCUCGGCGGUUCACCAGCCGGCGCUACAGAUCCCAACAGGCUGUGCCCCCCUCGCCGUAUCACCCCAGCUUCCUGCCUUACUUCCUCAGGUCCAUGCUCCCCGUCCCGAAUGUGACCCCAACCAUCAGCCUGGAGCUGGAUGUGGACGAUGGGGAAGUGGAGAACUAUGAGGCUCUUCUGAACUUGGCCGAGCGCCUGGGAGAAGCCAAGCCUCGCGGCCUCACCAAAGCAGACAUAGAGCAGCUCCCGUCGUACAGGUUCAACCCCAACAACCACCAGUCAGAGCAGACCAUGUGUGUAGUGUGCAUGUGUGACUUCGAGUCUCGCCAGCUCCUCCGAGUGUUGCCCUGCAGUCACGAGUUCCAUGCCAAGUGUGUCGACAAGUGGCUGAAGUCCAACCGCACGUGUCCCAUCUGUCGAGCCGAUGCUUCCGAGGUCCAGCGGGAUUCCGAGUGACUGGCGGCCGCCUCUCCCCUCCUGCCACCUUCGUGGACGCACCAACCAAACGCAGAACCUCUCUCAGUCCGGCGCACACCGACACACCAUCGGGACCAGGACUUUUUCUUUUUCAGUGCCGCUCUCGCAGGGCUGGACAGAGCCGGGACCUUUUGUUACUCCUUAUAUACAGACGACCUUGGGGUCGCUUCUGGGGCACUUUUACACGCAACACGUUUUCUUCAUAUCCUCGACAAUUGUAAGCAGCGAAGCGAACUUGCAUGUUUCAUCGCCAUCUCCGCACUCGAUUUACUUUAGUCUGACUCGCCCUAUCAACACAAGUCAAUCUGAUACAACAAAUCCUUAGUGUCGUCACUUCAAUCCUUUCUGUUUCACUGGUUUGGUUUUGGUCAUAAUUGAAUGAGUUGUAUGUCUGACUUAGUGUUUAUAGUUCGCCGUCAUGUGUGAGUCUUUACAGCUCUUAGGAGCGACUCCCGUUUGAGUCGGUGCCAAAUUUUCUUGCUACUUUACCCGAUUAUUGAAAAUGAAACCGCUUUCGUUGAAGGAAAUUAUGCAGCGUAGAGCACCAUCUGUUGGCCACAGUUCAGUUGACAAGCUUUUCUUCAGCCCACAUGUGCAGGGAUGAAACCGGAGCUUCACUUGUCCGUUCCUCCUUCAGCAGCCUACAGAGAGUCUGCGAGCCCUUUCACACCAACACGGUUUUAGUUCCGAACCAGUUCUUUUCUCUGUCUGAACUCGCCGGUUUGUUCAAAAUUCCGUUCUGGAACCGGAGAGGAACGGCUCACUGCGAGGUCGGCGGAUCACUUCACUACCACAGAAGUCAGCUGCAAUGUCUUACAUGAAAAAAUGCCUUGUCAUUCCUCCCUAAUAAUCAUGGUUUUCUGAAAUAUCCUCGUCAGGAUAAUCAUCUGUUUGAAAUUGAUUUGUGUAAAAUCACCCAUUAAGAGGGAAGUUAUGUUUUUCGUUGGGCAGUUUUCUGUUGCUUGGUACACUAGCAAUUACCUCAGUCCCACUAUUUAUAUUUUAUCUCCUUUUAAAAAGUUACCUUGUUCAUCCUGCUUUUAUUUUCAGUGCGAUGUAAUAUAUCUGUAACCAAAAUGAUCUGAAGGCUUGUGAUGACGGAGUUUUUAAAAGACAUUUGUACAUUUUGUAUGAGAGUUAUUACUAGUGAAACUUUUAUUAAGUAGUGCAAUGUUUUUUUUUAAAUCCCUUAUCCUGUCUUUUGGAUUACAAGAGCUGGUUCGAUAAUAAAUGUAUAAAGUCUUCAGAAGUGAGUCUUUUUUUUUUUUUUUAUAUAUAAAGUGUUUAAGCGUUUAAACAUGUUUAUCUUUGAAGGCAGUGAAGCUCUGUUAGUGAUGUGUCGGUGAGGCUUCAUGAUACAGUGUCGGCGUUUUCUAAGCCCACUAGAUGGCUCCCUGUUCUGUCGAGCUUCAAGACUCUGAAAGUCAUCAAAUCCAUUUGUAUUCAACUAUUGCUCACUAUAUUUAUGAUCUGGUAAAAUAGUACGUCAUGUUUCAUGAGUGUUCAGUGGUAAAGAGAUCAAAGUCUCAUAUGAUACUACAAAGAAAAUACAAAGCUCAAAAACACCAAUGAAUCUCACAUAUGCCUAUAUAUUUGUGACUCUCAAAAAAAUAUUCUGGCAGCAAGUGCACCUUUUAGA